AAUGUGAGAUCGACAUAUUGCAACGGUUGUUGCGUGCUGAGCUGGGUGUGACAGUCGUCAAGAAAUUGAAGCGCAACCUCCCAAAAACAAAACGUACAUUGCAGGCCACAGCACGAAGACUGCAGGCAGUCGCCACACGGUUGUGGUCAGCAGCCGAUGCCGAAGAUGCAGUUCAAGAGGUGGAGGUGUUGGAGCGCAAUGGGGAUUGGCAUGGUGCUCGCGAGGCCUAUGCCAAAGUCUUAGUGCUCAGUCCAAGCCGGUUCACGGACGUGGCGCUUCGGUUUGCUCAGUUGUUGCACGUAAUGGCAACAUCGAGUGACGGUGAUCCGGAUGCGUGCGAGCAAGUUUUGCGUCAGGCCCUUGCGGGUGAAGCUGCGACGAACGAGCGCGCAAUUUUAGCCAGGCUUGCCGUCCUUUUGCUCCAGGAAGGACGCGAGGAGGAGGCCCUUCCGUUGCUGCAAUCUGCCGGUUACCAAUACAGGCUAGCAUCCUGGAUUUGGCGAUGCUCCUCUGCACAGCUUUCCGUCGACGCUGCAGGGUUUCCCGGAUGUGUUUUUGACAACGCAUUACCGCCGAGCUUGUUCCAGCGUUUGCAGCAGUUUCUAGCUCCGGACUCCCGGUUCUGGAGUGAGCAUGGUUACAACGAGGUGACGGGAAGUGGGGAAAAUGGAUACUUCAGCUACAUUCAGACUCUGACUGGGCAAGAGCAGAACGCUCUAGAUGCCAUCCUCCGGCAUGUGUGGGAGUUCUUAAAGAAAGGAGGCUACUUUUCCCGAUUGUCGGAGGCCAAGGUUGCAGAAUGGUGGGCCCACAAGCGUCCACAUGCUUGUGGUCAUCAGAUGCAUUACGACAGUGACAACGAAGGCAUUGGUGGGGUGCGCAACCCCAUUUGUAGUUGCGUGCUGUACGUGAUGGCGCCACGCGGCAUUGGUGGACCGACGCUGGUAACGGAUCAGGUGCUUGCCAGCGGGUCUCUAGGAAGAAGGGGCUGGUUCGUGCAUCCGAACGAGGGCCGGUUGGCGGCCUACGAAGGCAAGUAUUUCCAUGGCGUCGUUCCAGGUUGCGGUGUAGCUCCCUGUUCGGAAGAGCCACUGCGGCGAAUUACCUUCAUGAUCGCAUUUUGGCCUGAAAUUGAAUUGCGUCCUUUCGGAGCAGAUGGCCUUGCGGGAAGCAGCCGUGCUGCACCUGAUCCUGCACAUGUGUUGGAGGUCGGUGACCGGAGAUACACCUGGCAUCAAGCUUUGUCUUUGCCUUCGAUGGUUGCCGAGGCUGCCGCGAAUCUGAACCCUGCACCUGCAUCCUCGGAAGUUCUGUUGCCCAGCAACGCACCGGUCUGGGUCACAUUGGACGGCGACCCAGUGCAGGACGAUGUCCUGAAGAGGAAGAAACUGAAGCAAUGUUGCCAAGGACGUCCGCCAGCAGCUGUGCAGCGAAAGGCAACUAUUAUGAUCCGCAAAUCAUUCGACCGGUUUGUUUUGCUUGGGGCCAGUCCGAACCGUGCAGCAGCAAACGCUCUGCUUGAGCUUGCCGGUCUCGCUCCCCGCGGCUUGCCUGACGCAGAGGACAAGCUGCCAUCUCUGAAGCCACCCUCUUCUUGGAUGGUCAGUGACACCCCUCCAGAUCCAGUGGAGGACACCGAGCCUUCGUUUCCGGAUGAGACCUCUGGACUUGCGGAAGGCCCUCAAGCCCCAGCUGAGGACGUGACCUCUGAGCUUGGGUAUGAGGCGCAGGGCGCAAAAGCAGGCAAGAAGCAUCGAUCCAAGCGCAAGCAAGAACAGGCCAUGGAACUUCUUGCUGGCCGCUGUCAAUCCAGCCGCAAGCGAAUGUCGCCGUUGCAGACGUGGCGGAAUGAGCGAUACGAGCAUCGAUCGGGGUCCACGCCAAAGGCAGCCGCGAGCAGACGGAGAAGCAAGGAGCCACAAAAGGCUGAGAAACUGCCCGAGCCAGAGGCAACCGAGCCCGACGAGGUUGAGACUAAGCCCAAGGCUUCUAGCAAAGCCAAAGCAAAGGCCAAGGCCAAGGCCGAAGCCAAAGCUGAAGCCAAGGCCAAAGCCAAGGCCAAAGCCAAGGGCAGAGCAAAAACGGAAACACCCGCUGCGGCCAAGACACCCGGGACGAAGGCACCAAAGAAGGAUCCCGCUGAGUUCGAGCCCGAGACGGUGAGGCGAAGGUUGUGGCAGGAUUCCGAGGACUCCGAGGAAUCUCCAAGGAAGGUGAAAGCCAGCCCUGCUCGUGGCACCGGCCUGCUGGGUGCGCUGGAUGCUGGCCGGCUCCGGAGCAUGGCCAGACCCCUCGCCGCUUUUGCCGACGCGCCCUCUCUGAACAACUUCAAGAACAAGCCAAGUCUUCGUCGCCUGGCCGAAGAGGCGGCCGCGGCGGUAGGCAACGGCAGGAAGCCCCACGCGAAGGCCCGGGCAGCCAGAUGA